AUCGGCUAUCGCCGCCAUAUUGCGUUUGUGCUGUAGUCAGGGUUCUUGUGGUACUGUCCUUAAUUUAUUAAAUAUUUUCUAAGAUUGUUUUACGUAGUUACAUUUGAUGGCCUGAGACAUUUAAAUUAAAGUUUUCUUUAUGCUGUGCCUGUAGCAAAGUACUUAACACAUAGUGUACUCUUAAUUUUGAUAAAGCUAGUUUGCCCUGGGUUAAACCAUUGAAAUAACCAAGUUACUAGUGAACGUCGAUCGAGUACCAGAAAAGUGUCAGCCACGGAGCACCGCGAACUGGACCAGGUGCUAUUCACAUGGAAUGUAGCUUGAUAUCAAUAUGAAUGGGAGAGUAAAUGGCACCAUGGAGGAGUCAACCGAGUUGUCUCAUGUCGCCUCUCCUGAGAACUCUCAUACGGAUGAGACCAAUAAAGAGGAAGACACAUUACAAAAACUGAUUCAUAGCAACACAGAGACCACUAAUGAUGAAGACAGUGAACCCGUAGAAAAUAACUCCAACAAUAUAUCCCAAGUUGCAAUCAGUAAUGGCAUUGUGGACCACGAACCAGAUAAACUUAGUAAUGAUACUGCACAGAUGCCUCAACAAGAGAGUAUAGAUAAUGCCACAGAAAUUCACUGUGAUACAAGUUGUACUGAAUUGAGCUCCGACUCAGUAUAUAGUCCAAAAGAAUCACACAUUGAACAUGUAGUUCUGGAUGAUUCAGAUCCCCUGAAGGAUUGUAAUGUGAACUAUAAGAACGAAGAAAGAAAUGAUUCUCAUCAUGAGAUAUCUGAUGAAUCAGAAUCUUCAAACGAUGAAGAAUGUUCUGAAGUAAUAGCUGAGCAAAAAGGAAAAGAAACAGAAAGCUUCAAGGUAGAUUCAGACAUAGAUGACUCCUCAAAAGAAAGUGAAAAUCCUAGUAAAGGUGCACCAUUAAAAGAAUGGCCAGAUGGCCAAAAUCCAAACUCUAAAGACUGUUCCAGUCCUGAAGUACAAGAAAUAGUGGAAAGCUGCAUUAUCGCAGACGAGGAAGAACCUAAACCCAUAAAAGAAAAUAAACCACCACUACGUAGAAGUAGCAGGGCUAUUAAACGGAAAAGAUAUGAUGGUCAAGAUAUGGAGAAUGGAGAUGACGAUUCAGACAUUGAAGAAGUUAUCGUGCCCGAUUUUAAACGCAACGAUUCAAGACGAAAAUCAAAAGCUAUCAUCAUCAACAAUACUAAAACUUUAGUUGAGAUGGCAUCCAAACCGAUGAGAUCAGGACAUCAGAAAAAGGAAAACACGGUAGUUAUACUGGAUACACAUCGUGAAUCUUCUAUUAGGGGUCCAAUGAUGCGAAAAAAUCCAAUGGCUUUGAAUAAUACACCAUUGAGUGCACAAAACUUGUACCAGAGUAUCCUAGCCCGUGGUACGACUGUAACUCCAGUGAGUAGUAAAAAUCUGCCACAGCAGACACAUACACAGAGUUCUGUUACACAAAGUACUGUUACACAAAGUACUGUUACACAGAGCAAUGUGCAACCCCCACAACCUGCAAUAUUGCCAUCAUUAACAGAUGACAUGUUUGUUGUCGAAGCACCUUCGUUUAUUGUACCCUAUGUAUAUGAGAAACCAUCAGUUAAACCGUUUAGAGAAUUCGUUGAUGAGUUAGGUAAAGAAUUAGCAGCGCAAAAAGCUAAAGAAGAGGAACAAGAGAAGGAAAAAGAAUUGGCAGAGAAAACUAAAGAUUCUGGAGAGGAGGCAUCUGGCACAGAAAUAAAAGGAACAAAAGAGACAGUUGAAGAGGGCGAGAAUAAAAAUGCCAAAGCUGAAGAAAAUGCGAUAGAAGAUGAAGAUGCAAAAAAGAAAAAGGAAGUAAGAAAAGAACGCCGCCGUCGUAAACGUGAUGAUGACGACGCGUCCUGGGAUGGCUCUUUGGAUUCCGAUGAUGAUGAUAUUUGUAGUGAUGAAGAAGACGCUGUCGUUAUAAAAGACAAAGCGGACUCUAUUGAUGACAUAAAAGAUGUGACAGAUUUGACAGUAGAUAAGAUAAUCACUGGAAAGUCAGAUAACUACUUUGACAUGACACUCGGCAAAUUUUUCAUGGAUAUUGGCCUAAAUUUAGUCCAAGGAUUUGUUCAAAACGAUUUGUUAAAGCAACAAAAUAGAAAACUGCACAGAGAAAAGAAAGGCGGACAUAGUACAAAAUCUACGGAGACGUCCAUCGCUUUGCUAAUGAAAAAUUUAGAUAUCAGCAAGGAACAUAAUGCACCAUAUAAAUUUAAACAGGUUAAAUGCGAAUUUUGUACUUUUAAAUGUGAGUCGUUAUUAGUUAUGUCACAUCAUCUGGAGACUCCACAUAUGAAAAAUAAUGUUUAUAAAUGCAACUUUUGCGAAUAUGACAGUAAAAGUCCUCACGAUAUAUUGUUUCAUAUGGAAUCAGAGCAUAAAACACGUGGGAGGUUGGAAAGAGCGCCGGCUUACCACCAAUGUGCGAACUGUCCGUUUGAAGACAACGGUAAAGGCAAACUUGCGCGUCAUCAAAUAGCGUGCGCUAAAAAGUUCAAACCAGAGUUCAAUUUGUCACCACCAAUAGAAUGGGAGCCACCUGCGAAAAUACCAAAGAUGGCGCGAGCUCGCAAUCAAAUGCUAGGGUCAUAUCAAAAUGUGUUCAACAAGGGUCAAAAUGUUAGCAAUAAUUUUGGACGGCCUAUUAUGAACAACUUUGGUUCUAAUUCUACGUAUCGUCCAAGGGGGCGUUCACCUAUGGGUGUCCCAACACGACCGACUCCUAUACUGGGCAUACCAAUCAUCCGCAGUGGAGUGAGUGGAAGGCAUAGUAAUCCUGCGCAAAUGGCUUCAAACUUCGCCGGGAAUAAUGAAAAGAAUAUGCCCAAGUCAAUGUACCAGCCAUCGAUUUCCAUCACACCGUUGCCGAGACAGCCCCAGCCGAUUCAGCCUCCGCCGCCAAGUCAGCAGAAUAAGAGCACUUGCGUCAUCUGUGAAAUCUGCGAUGGCUACAUUAAGGACUUGGAACAGCUCCGAAACCAUAUGCAGUGGAUACACAAAGUCAAAAUCCAUCCCAAAAUGAUUUACAACAGGCCUCCACUGAAUUGUCAAAAGUGCCAGUUUAGGUUCUUCACUGACCAGGGGUUGGAGAGGCAUCUGCUGGGGUCUCACGGUUUGGUCACAAGUUCCAUGCAAGAAGCGGCAAACAAGGGCAAGGACGCCGGUCGCUGCCCCGUGUGUGGAAGGGUUUAUCAAUGGAAGCUUCUUAACCAUGUUGCAAGAGAUCACAAGCUCCCAUUGAAGCCGGCUCAUCUCUCAUACAAGUGCACUGUAUGCACUGCAACAUUUGGAAUGUACAAACAGUUUGAGAACCACGUGUACUCGAAGCACAGUGUUGUUGCUAAACGAGUGAUGGACAAAGGCCAGACAGCGGCCACCCCGGUCAAGAGUGGCCAGUCAUUACUCAAGCCUCUUAAGAUAAACGAUGAGAUCACUAUUAUACCGCAGCCUGUGAAGUCUACGGCUGACAAAUAGAUGGGUGCGGUGCUAUAUUGGAACAGAGCCGUAAGCUUGCCAAUAUCUUGGUCAUACACUUCUUAUGGGUUACGAGCAUUACGGGGCCUUGUCGUUACCUUAUAGUGUACAUUCCAAUGUGUAAUUGUACACCCAAAUGAAAAUACAAGAAUUAAUUCGCUGAUUUGUAAACUUUGGCUAAAGGCAAAAAAUAUAAUUUUUCAUAAUAAGUUGGGUAAUUUUGUGUAUCGGUUCUUAUUUUGCUAUACAAGUAGACAGAGAAGUUUAAAACAAAUGCAUAAUAACAUAGUUUUAGGUUAAUAUACUAGAUCACAGCAGAGAAAAUAAAUUAUUCACCAAGCUUGACAUGGGCUUGUUUUAUUAUGUCAAGCAUUCAGACUUGAGAAUUACUGUGAUCCCACUUGAUUACUUUGUCUCUUGUAAUGUCACCAACAAUUUAUUUAUUAUAAGUGUGUUUACUGUUUUUACAAAGAGGAGAUACUGGCUGUAUUUCAAAUAAAUAUAGAAAUAGAUGAAACAGCUGCUUUAUAAGAAACGUUUUGCGUUACUCAUAACGAAUUUAACUAGCAUAAAAUUGUCUUUUAAAUAUAAAAAUCCUAAUGAUCUCUCAUGUUUGUAUAAUCUAGAUUGUCUCGAUGGCUCUUUUUAUUAGAAUAUGGAUACAAAAACAAAAUGGGUCAUUUCAUAAUAAUUUUUAGAAUAAUUUUGAUAAGGUUGCGCUUGAUCACAAUCGCGUUAAAAGGGUCAAGGUUGAGUCUUAAAAGUGACUGGGUAUCCUAAAGCACAGUUUCCAUGGAAGUGGAGAGGAUAGCCAUGCAGCGCGGGUACCGCUUCAUCCCCUGAGUGAUCAUCACUAAUCGGAAUAGAAA